AUGAACCGCUACUACUACCAAUCGCAAUACGCGCCGGAGCCUUGGGACCGUCCGAAGUCGACAUUCAGCCACCAAAGCCAUAUCGAAGAGAAGAAACCAGUCGAAAGCCGGAACAGUCCAUCAGAGAUACGGCCGAACGGCAAUGUUCCGUACAAAAGUUACAACAAUGACGAGCAAUUAUCGCCGGAUGUAGAAAAAAGGCCGACGCCCCCUGUGGAUGUGUCGCCGUUCAAGGUGUCUUCUGGCACCUAUAAGCUUUGA